ACUGUUAGUCCCUCAAGUCGAUUCUCUUUAUUUUCUUUUCAUAUUUACCUGUGUUCUCAUUGAGAUUCCCAAAUUUCACCUUAAUUGAAUUUCACCACAAUCAACUAAUCACCAGGAGAAAUUAGAAAUCGAAUCACAAUUAACCAGCAAUUUGUUUCUCUUUUCAAAUUAACUGAAAAUCUCAUUUGCAUGUUACCGGUUAUUUUCAUUUUCCGUUUCUUUAUCAUUGUAAACACAAAUUUCCAUUGUUUUUGUUUUUCAAAUUGUGUAAUUAAUUUAAUCUCAACUGUGUUCAACAAUUAACCAGUUGACUGGAUUUUAAGUGAUUGAGGAAAAAAAGUGUUAUUCAACAAUUGGAAUAUAAUUUAAAUGGUAAACAAGUGGAAAUUUCUCUCUACCUAAUUGUCCGUUAAAUUGUGAUUCUAAUUGAAAGAAAAUGACAAAUAUACAUGACAAUCAUUCCAACAACAACAACAACAAAACCAGAAACAACUGAUUAUCCGCGAAGAUUAAAACAUUUCUGGUGAUUAAACUCUCAGUGAUUGAUUCCUUUUUCUCCUAAGUAAAUCAUGAUGCUCAUAACCCUCCAGUAAUUAACUCUCACCAAUCAGUUGAUUCUACUCAAUGAAAUAAUCAACAAUUUAAUAUGUUUUCAUAUUCAUUUGGGUUCCAUAGGAAGUGAUCACAUUGUGUUGAUAGUAUUUUGUGAGUCGAUGUGUAAAUCAUAACCAGCAUCAUAACCACCAAGGAAGAUUAAGUGGAUGAUUAAUUCAUCAUCAUCAUCAUCAUCAUCUCUCUCUCUCUCUCUCUCUCUCACACACACAUUUUUCUUACUACAAAUCAAUUUAUAUCAUCUUAACCCUUAUAUAAAACAUUCAAUCACCUGUAUCCAUGAAAUCAGUUCACCAAGAGAAAGAGAAUCGAAAUUAUUUUUCUUGUUAAUUGUGUUACAAUUUCCAUCAAAUUUGUGAUAAUCAUCAUCAUCUACACAUUAACUGUUAUUCAUAAUACACUCACUCAUAAAUAUACACACACAAUUUACUAAUUAAUUAUAAUUAAAAUCAUCUCACAACACUGAACAAUUGGAAAGAAACAACAACAAUAACAACCACUACCUUCACUUAACAGUAACGUUGAAGGUGUUGAUUAUGUUUUCGUAUUUAUAUUAAGUUACUUUUUAAAUUGUGAUUGUGUCCUUAAAAAGAAGCCACAAAAUUAGAAUUUUCUCAACAAAUUCUAUUCCAAAUUAAUCCAAUAUUGGAAGGCGUUGGUGAUAAAAAAGAAAAUUCAAAAUAAUCGACUUUCUUCAACAGUAAAACCGUUGAAAUUUCUGUUUACCUUAUAACCUGAAUCACGAAUAGAGGAAAGAAAAAGAAGAUUACAAUUUGUUGUUGUUCUCUUUUCUUUUGUCUCCACAAUCUUUUUCUUUUCUCUUUUUAUUGUUGUUAAACAUCAUCAUUAUUAUCAAAUUAACCUUGUAAUUAAUUAUUGUUGUUAAUCGAGAGAAAAAUCAAUAUCUUUAACUGGGAACAUUCAAAAUGGUGGCUACUGUUUUCUUCUGGUUCCACUUGUUCCCGCGAAUUUAAUCUUCUUGUCGCCUGAUUGUUUUCACCUUAAAAGAGAACAUUUUUCUCUUCUGUUACUUUCUUCUGUUCACAAGAUUAAAUUGUUAAUCACAAUUAGUGAAAUUGAACACAGCAAAUAUACAGAAAAUCAUCUUCAUCGACUCCCUCUCAGUCUCCUUGUGAUCCUUGCAAGAGAAACAUUGAUAUUCACCUUUUGUCUUUCUCUCUCUUUUUUGAAAUUUGUUCUUCCAUUUUUGUUUUGUUUUGUUCUAUUCUAUUCUAUCAUCAUCAUCAUCAUCAUCAUCAUCACCCUUCAACAUUGUGAAACAAAAGAUUUUCAAAGUCAACGUAAUUCCAAGUGUUUUCUGGUUAGAUGACUACCCCACUUGGUCAGCCAUGUUUUAAAAAAGACAAUCUUGACAAGAGUAACAUUACAACGUUCACUGUUGUUGGUGGUCAACAAUCAACAAUUAACCCUCAACAAUUUAUUUACCAUCAUCAACGAGGUGAAAUCUAUUUAACAAAAUUUGAAUCUCUACCUAAAAGAGGAGGAGGUAUGAAAGGAUUAACAAGUGAAUCGUCUUGUAUUAUCGGUGGUGGAAAAUGUCAAUCAGUUGAAAAUCUUGUUAAUCCUUCGUCUUCAUCAAUUGCUCCCUAUAUGUAUCCCUAUGUUACCUCAAGUACACCACCACCUGAGUUAAUCUCUCAUCAUAAUAAUUGUACUGGCGGUGGAUCAACAAUUAUCCCAAGCAAAAUUUGCUCUACCAGUGCCGUUAGUAAUAUAACCAAUGGUCAUCAAUCAUUUCAUAAAGGAUUAAGACGAUUCUUGGACAAAAGUAUCUCUAUCAACAACAACAACAUAAACUCCCAUGGUAAUAAUCUGAAAUACUCUCAUUCAUCACAUGUUCUUAAUCCAACAUCAUCAUCAUCUUCAUCAUCAUCUACUACACAAUUUGACCCCAACAAUGGUUCAUCAUCAACCCUAUCAUCAACUUCAAAUGGUUCAUCAUCACAAUCAACCGGUAAUUUAAUGGCUUCCCAAAGUCAUUCAUUGGAACACAAUUCUUACAACAACAACACUGGACAUUCAUUAAGAGAUUCUGGUCGGUCUGUUAAUCAGUUACUUGAUUCCCAUAAUCACCCUAAUUAUCAACAACAACAUCAAUAUCCGCAUCAGAAUCAUAAUUUUGUUAAAACGCCUCGAAGUCGUAGUUCAUCACCUCAUCGUAGUUUACGAUUUAAAUCAUCAAUUGCUCGUUUCAUUGAUUCUAAUGGUAAAAUUGUUGAUUAUAAUGGUCGUCACGGUUUACCUAGGAAACAAUUGAAGACACUUUUACCUAUGGAAGAUGCAACAAUCAAUUUAACUUCUUAUCGUCAAUACUCACCAAUUGUUGAUAAAAAUGGUUUACUCUCUCAAGUUAACAGUCGAACAAUGGAUUCUUUGAAAGAGAAUCUUGAUAUUUAUGUUCUAACCAAGAAUGCCAAUAAUGUUAACAAUAAUAAUACGAUAAAGAGCAAUACCAACAAUAAUAGUCCAAAGAAUGUUUCAUCGGUUAAACGUCGACCCUCAAAUUUAUCUUGUUCUCGUGUAUUACCCACCGAUGAAAGACUCUAUUCUCCUCAAUUGGUUAAACCAUUUCGAAGUGUAUCAACUCUUGAUUCUCGUCGAAAAGGUUAUCAAUCAUAUUCUGGACCAACUACACCUGAUCGUGAAAUAAUUACUACUUUCAAUGGAAGUGAUUUACAAAGGAAAUUUAGUGAUCCGCGAAUUGCAUUUGAACAUAGAGAUCAAUAUGCCAAUCAAAUGUACCAACAACAGCAACAACAACGGGUACCAACUAAAAGUGUUAAUUAUCAACAGUAUUUACAGCAACAAAAUGAACAAUCAAUGAAAUUAAUUCGUAAUGGUGCUCGAAUGCUCUGGUGUGAAUUACCACAAGUUCGUGAACUUGGACUUUAUCGUGAUCUCUCACCAACCCAGCGACAAUUGCAAGAGGCACUUUUCGAAGUGAUCACAUCAGAAGCCUCUUACCUUCGAAGUUUGGACAUUCUAGUCAAUCAUUUUGCGAAUAAUUUGACUCUUUCCAAUCCCACAUUUCUUGAUCCUCGUCGUAAGGCUGAUCUAUUUUCCAAUAUUCAUGUGAUUCGUGACAUUUCUUACAAUUUGAUGAAUAUUCUUGAGAUUCGAUGGAAACAGAAUAUCAUUCUAUCUGAUGUUUGCGAUAUUCUUGUUGACUAUGCAUACAAUCAUUUCGCACCCUACAUAACCUAUUGUCGUUUUAAACGUCGUCAAGAAUCAACCCUUCGGGAACUUCAACUCUCCUCAAAAUUUAACCAACUCAUCCGACAAUUAGAAUCUGAUCCAAUCUGUCAAGGGUUAACCUUACACUCAUUUCUCCUUCUACCAGUUCAAAGGGUAACCCGAUACCCACUUCUAGUUGAGGCCAUUCUCCGUCGUCUCUCACCUGAAACAAUUCAAUAUCGAUCCUGUAAACGAACACUAAUCGCAACCGAUCAAUUAGUUAAAGAUUGUAACACUGCCGCUAAUCAAUAUGACAAAUAUUUGGAUCUCAUGUCAAAAUUAAAAUUCUCCUCUUCAUCCACCAUAAUGAAAGGAUUAUCCCUUAAUGAGCCUCGAUGGUUAAUCAACAAUUAUGAUAUAACCCGAUUAAAACCGGAAACACAGUCGACACUUUUGAUUGGCACCUUUCGUGCUCCUCACUGGUCUAAUUCAUCAAAUGUUUUAUCAAUAUUAAGUGACAUGGUUUUAUUAAGCAAGAAAAAAGGGGAAGAGUUAACGGUUUACGAUUAUUGUUUUCGAGACUUGGUUCAAAUGCGGAAAAUUGGUCCAGAUACUAAAGAACGAAAUAUUUUCAACUGUAAACUUCCGGAUAUUUAUAAGAAUUUGGUUAAGUUAACAUUUCUUCACAACAAUUGUGGCAAACGAAUUGAAUAUUGCCUUAAUUUCACUUCAAUAUCUGAACGAGAUGAAUGUCUAUCAAUAUUAGAUCCGAAGACAAAUUUUAUCAGAACUGAACAAUUUACUGAACCAUUAUGGUUAUAUCAAAAUGGUAACAAUAAUUGGGAAGAUUUAAAUGUAUCCAAACAUCAACAGUUAUCCAAGUAUUCAUCAUCAUCAUCAUCAAAGAUUGAACCAGGUUACUGUUCAGAUCAACAAAAUGGCUGUCAAAAUGUCGAGUACAGUCAUGAGAUAUUCAUCUAAUCACUCAGCCUGAUGGAAAGUCUUAUUUAUAUAUAAACAAACAACAAUUAUCUUGAUUAUCUCAGGGUGAUAAGCAUCAUCAUCGUCAUCAUAAUCACCAUUUCAACCCCUUCAUCUUUGGCGGAACAAGAAACAAAACACAAUUGAGAAUGAUAAAAAAGAAUCAUCUUCAUCAUCACCUUCAUUUGCAUCAGAAUUUGAAUUUUUUUCUAUUUAUCAUCAUCAUCAUCAUCUCUCUCUCUCCUACAAAAACGAUUACUCAACUUUCGUUUCUGGUUCAUGGUCAGAAUGAAGGAUUUCUCACCUACAUGUUAACCCACCUCCCACCAAAGUUAAAGCAUCAUCUUCAUUAACUAUUAUCAUCUUCUAACACGUUUUAAUUAAUUAACCUGUUGAGGUGAAUAUAGCAAUAGAUGGAAACUGUCAAAGUUUCGUUGAAUUUUUCGUGAAUAUAUUUUGUCUUUUAACGAAACAACUUGACAAGUUAUCAAGUUUUUUUUAUAUAUACUAAAGGCGACAAGUAACAAUCAACUUUAACUAUCAAUCAACGAAUCUCAUCAUCAUAAUCAUCAUUUAAUUGGAAACGAUCUCAUGCUCAUUUAAAAUACAAUUAAUCACAAUCAAAAAACUGGGAAAAUAAGUUUAAACUUUCACAUUGAUACCGAUUGAUGAUCUGAUUUAAAUUCACUUGAUUCCGUCCGAGUGAUAUACUUAUCAUCUUUACUAUUAACUGAUUCUUGUUUAUCAAUUUACUGCCAUUUGUAUUAACAACAACAUUACCAUCAUCAUAAUUAUCAACUUUAAAGUCUUCACAAUUAACAAUCAACUUAAUCAAUAGGAAUCAAAAAAAAGAGAUAGAAAUCAAAUGAUCAUGAUUAAUGAUAAAAACCCUUUUCUGUUUUAUGUCCUUCAAAACUAAUUCAAAAUUAGCUUAAUUGUUAUUAGUAAAUCGCCAGUAUUUGUAGUAUUUAAAUUGUUUUGUUAUCAAGUGUUAAUAUUUAAUUGUUAGCUUACAAUUAAUCAUGUUGAUGAUGAUUAUGAUAAUGGUGAUGAAGAAAAAAAAUUCUUAAUUGUUGAAGAGUUAAUUUGAUUCUCAUCUCUUUUUUUUGAUAUUAUUAUUAUUAACUUUGUAACACCAUCAUCAUUUUUAAUUGUAAUCAAAUUUUUUCACUUUGAUCGUAUAUAUACAAUUAAUUGUGAACCUUAAUUGUGUUCAUUUAUUAAUAGUAAUGAUAAUUAAGGAUGAUAAUUAUGAUGAUGGUAAAAAUAAUCAUGUUAAAUGUAUUCCAAUGUAAUAACAUGUGAAAAUAAUGGUUAAUUGUUAUGGAUGAUGGUGGUAAUUAACAGUAACAAUUAACUCCUUUACUUUGAUUUGAUUUGAGAUAAUCUCUUAAUAAUCAAUAUGUUAAUUGUCACCAUCAUCACUUUCAUUUCAGAUUUAAUCAAAUGUUAUUAAUUAUCCAAUUAGAUCCAACAAUUUGUUAAUCACUCAUAAAACUUGUUAAUUGUCAAUCAUGAUUUUUUUUGACUUGACUUUGUAUAAUUAUUAUAAUUGUAUAAAAUUGUAAUGAUCAUUGAUUAAAAUACAUUUCAACAAUUCA